UUCUACAAUGUCGCAAGCAAACAAACUCAAGAAGAAGACCGUGCAGGCGCCCCAGCGCGAGAAACGCCCGGUUGACGACCCCGCUGCGCCUGACUCGCCCAAGAGAGAGCGCAUUGAAUCGACCAGCGAGAACCUCACCCGCGCCAUCAUGCAUAUCGCCGUGUACUCUGGCUCGACCAUGCCCACCAUCUUCCUCGACGAACUGCGCAGUGCACUGCUCGCGUACCCUCCGAGCUCUGAGGACGCGCCGCGCAUCUGCAAGCUGAUCGCAUCGCGCCUCACAAGCGGCGCUCGCGCUUGCAUCUCCAGACUGGCAGAAGACGCUCCAGAGCACAACGACCCGGAGUUGUUGCUCGAGCACAUCAAGAAUCACUUCGGUCCCUUGCGCGGCCGCGUGGAAGCUUUCGCGAAGCUCGAGGCGAUGAAGACCCAGACCAUCCUCGAAGUAUGCGACACGGCAGAGGCGCUGCUCGAUCAGGAUCAGUCCGAGUUUGUUGACUCGGCUGCUGUCCUCCUGGCCGUAUCCAACGCCUUGCCACCGGCCCAGCGUGAAAUCGCGCUGCGCACCGUCCAUCCUCGCGAUGCCGACGCGAUCCGGGCUUUGGUCGCCAAGCUCCGCGAAGAAACCCUCAACUUGCGCGCCAUCGAACAAAUCCAGGACCAGUACCACCCGCGCCAGCAGCAGCAGCAGCAGCAGCAGCAGCAGCAGCAGCAGCAACAGCAACGGCGGCAGCAACGCUUCUCGAACAACCGUGCCAACCGUGCGCAAGCCGCAGUCCGCUGCGGCCACUGCCGCCGCACCGGCCACGCCACACACGAGUGCCGCUACUUCCGCAGCGACAUCAACAACAACAACAACAACAACAACAACAACAACAACAACAACAACAACAACAACAACAACAACAACAACAACAACAACAACAACUUCGACAGCAACCACUCCGCACACGGCUACGGCAGCAGCUUCGCGCCUCGCGGUCAGUUCUCGCGCCCUGCCAGCGGCAACCAGCGCCAGGGCUUGCUCGUAACAGAAGUGAUCGCGUUGACGAUGAAACGAACAGGGGAUUUUAGGAGUAGGAAAGAUCAGACACACAUGGGACGGGAAAUUCAACGAGAGGUGGAAACUGCUGUGCACUUGUCGGGAUCGGCACCAGGCAAUCUGACAUUGUGCAGUGUUCAGGUCAAGACAUUAUGUAGUGCUCAGGCUGAGAAGAGCGAGGCUGUUUAUUGUUGCGUGAACUGCUCUUGCUCGAGCACGCCGAAGGUCAUUUCCACAGACACAAAAUAGAUCAGCGCGGCUCCAGUAGCAGCUUGAAUUAUACAUGCAACACAAUGUACUCUCAAACAUCAAACAACGAACACCAGUGUUCACAGAACAAAGGGUUAUACGUCUGUCGAAACGA